GCUCUCCUCUCCACCCCGGUUCAAAUUUCGAACCCCUGUUUCCUUCCUCAAUCCUCAUCCGCCGCCUCCCUCUACCUACCCGUAUAACUCCACCCAGAUCGCCCGGCCGCCGCCCCAAUCCAAUCCAAUCCAUGGACGAGACCGAGAAGGCGAUGCCGGCGGCCAGGAGGCCGGACACGGCCUCCACCACCCCCACCACCGUCUCGCCCGCCUCCACCGCCUCCUCCUGCUCCUCCAACCCCGACCCCGCCGCCGCGCGCACGCCGCCGCCCACCUUCGCCGUCCCCUGGGCGCGCGCCGACGCCGGCGGGGGCUACUACCCGGGCUGCCGCAAGGACGCCAACUGCGCCUGCGAGAUCUGCCUCGCCAGCAUCAACGCCACGCGCGACCUCCUCCCGCCCGAGGCCGCCUCCGCUCGCCGCUCCUUCGCCGCCGCCGCCAGGGACACGAGGCCCGGCUCACGCCCGCUCUUCCUCGCACGCGGCGGGUCCGAGGUCACCGAGCCGUGGACCCCGCCGCCGCAGUUGCGCUCCACCGCAAAGUCCAAGAGACCCUGGCAGUGGCAGGCCGCGCGCGAGGGCCAGGCAGCUACCCCGAAGAAAGGCGGGGGCUCGUCGUCCCCGCCCGACUGGGCGAUCUACGCGCUGACGGUUCUCGGCUUCCUGCUCCUGCUGUGGGUGGACACGGGGCUCGUCCCGGAGGCCGCCGCGAGGGGGUACGGCCCGAAGCUGUCGCCGGAGGCCGUGGCGCGGGUCGGCCUAGAGGCGCGCCUCGCGCCUGCCGGUCUGGCGCACAAGCUGCGCGCCGUGGAGCGAGGGGUCGGGCAGCUCGUCGGCGCCGGGAGGAUCCACAACUGCAGCUCCAAGGAUUCCGUGUGGCGACUCGAGCAGAAUGACCAGCACGUCUUCCACUGGCGCUGCGCCGUGUACAAGUCGGCGGCAGAGGAGGUCACCGUCUGGGGGAGCCCGCUCCGCACCUCCGGCCUCCUCCCGUCCACGCUCUCGGCGCGACACAUCACCCUCCUCUCCGGCAAGAUCACAGAGUGGUCCGACGGGAAGGUGUGGCCGACGGUGAGGGCGAGCAACGGCAGCUCCUGGAGCUACCGGCGCCGGAGCGCGGGGGCGGUGCAGCUGGAGCCAGAGACGUGGGUGCUGGAGUACCAGAGGAGCGUGCUCUUCGAAGGGACACGGCUGCUACCGGCCACGGUGGAGCUGCUGGCGUCAAGGUGCUCGACGGUGGCGAAACGUGCGAGGCGCAAGUUGGCCAAGAAACGCUUCUAUGGCGGCGCCGGCGGGAUCCAGGCCAACCCAACUUGAUCUGCGAGUUGGUUUUACUUUAGCUUCAGCUUCAUCUCAUUUCCUGUGAGAUUGAUUGGAUAGUCAGUGUUCCCUGGUUGUAAUGAUCCGUGCUAUCUGCUGUUUGAUCGGACUACUGCCAGAUCACAGUACUUCCACUAGGAAUGCAUAAUCCGGUAGAAUUCCAGGGGAAA